AUGUGGCAGAGCGAUUCCAACCCGAUGCGCCUGCACGGGCACGACAUAUGGGUGCUCGCCCAAGGGCUCGGCAAUUACGACGCACCCAAAUAUAGCCUCGUCUAUCCGCCGCUGAGGAAAACCGCCCUCGUCCCCAGGCUCGGCUGGGUUGCCGUCAGAUUCGUCGCCGAAAAUUCAGGUAUAUGCUUCCACCUGUCGUCCGUCGAUGGGGAUGGCAGCGGUGUUCGUGAAGGACGGACGGGGCAACAUUUAACACCUCACUCCCUGCACCGCCAGCAGAUUGUAUAA